AUGUCAUACAUAAAGCCACCUCUCCCUCUUCACCCACUUCACACACUUCUCAAAACCCAAACCCCCACAACCCUAAACCCCAUCUUCACCUCCACCCUCUUCUCCUCCCCCAAAUCCACUCUCUCAGUCUCAGACCCCAUCCCCAUCCCCAUCCCCACCCCAGAUUCCCACAUCGAAACAGCCCUCGAAGACUUCCAUACCCAAUUCGAAAUCCCGCUCGAGAAGCUCUUCGUGCCGCCGGAGACGGAGAUAAAGUACACCGAGUCCGGUGCCCUGAGCACCAGAAUCUUGAAGGGGUCGAACAUUUUGCUGAGCAAGUAUGCUACGGAUGCUCAGGUGACACAGGCUGAGUUUGUGAAGAGCAGUGUGAGGACUGAGGAUUGCCCGGCGAAUCCUCUGCCGGAGUUUGCGCUCGUCGGACGGUCAAAUGUAGGCAAGUCCUCGCUGCUUAACUCGCUUGUAAGGAGAAAGAAGCUAGCUUUGACCUCCAAGAAGCCUGGAAAAACACAGUGCAUCAAUCAUUUCCGGAUCAAUGAUAGCUGGUAUUUAGUGGAUUUGCCAGGUUACGGGUAUGCAGCUGCACCACAGGAACUUAGAACUGAUUGGGUGAAGUUUACUAAAGACUACUUCCUGAAUAGGUCAACAUUAGUUUCGGUUUUCCUUCUCAUCGAUGCCAGCAUUCCUGCCAAAAAGAUUGAUCUGGAGUAUGCUAGUUGGCUGGGCCAGAAUCAGAUCCCUAUGACAUUGAUAUUCACCAAAUGUGACAAGCGGAAGAAGAAAAGAAAUGGAGGAAAAAGAGCAGAAGAAAAUGUAAACGACUUUCAGGAGUUAAUUCGUGGCUACUUCGACACAACACCGCCAUGGAUCAUGACCAGCAGCCUCACCAAUCAGGGUCGAGAUGAGAUGUUAUUGCACAUGGCUCAGCUGCGGAACUAUUGGCUUAAGCACUAGGAAUACCAGAACUAUUGCUUCCGAUUCUCAAGUAGAUCUCAUACAUCCUAUUCACCUCUACGGAUGUGCUGCUUUACAUUAGCAGCUGGAGAAAUCAAUCAUCAAAGCCGAUAGUUUAUCCAUUUUAUUGGAAUGAGAAUGUAGAACCUCGGUACUAUUUGCAGCAAGUGUAAUUUUGCUGAUGGCCUCUCCAAUACAAUAGAGCUUUGGUUGAUCAAUUUUGUUGAUAAAAUGAGAAUUCAGUUGUG